UGGGAGAUAAAGAAAUUGGAUGAUACUGUCAGGUACGCAUGUAUAUCAGGAUACAAGAGGAAAGAUGGCGUCACAUGGGCCACAUGCACCAGAGAUGGAUGGGAACCGAAUCCACUUUGUCAAGAAAUUCCACCCUGUGGGAUACCUCCAGCUCUUGAGGAUGGAGACACCAAGACCGCCAUAAAAGAGCAUUACAGCCAUAAUGAAACUAUUGAAUAUAUGUGUCAGAGUUACUACAUUAUGGAGGGAGAGCCUUACAAAACCUGCCUCUAUGGUGAAUGGACUGGACACAUGAGAUGCCUCAGGCCUUGCAUUGUGAAUGAAGAUGAAAUGAGACAGCAUAACAUCACCUUGAAAUCAAGUGGCACUAAGUAUUUAGUUCAUGAUGAAAUAAUAGAGUUCAGGUGUACCAGAGGAUUAUCUACUGGUACUGUGGCAAUGCGUCAGAGAUGUAAUAGUGGUGUGUUAGUCCUACCCACAUGCCGAGAGUGAAAAGUUGAAAUGAUUUCUGAUCUUCUGUUUUCAGAUGUGGAAUAAUAAAUCACAGAUUGUCUGA